AUGUCGUGCAUACUUGGUGAUUCAUGUAAAGCCACCUCCGACUGUGCAGCUGUUUCUAACUCGAAAUGUGAUACUAACUGUGUUUGUGAUGACGCGUUCAAAGUAUCGGAUGGAAGCUGCGUAGCUAAAGCUGUGAACGAAAUUCCAUGCACAGACAAAGGAGACGAAUGUGAAAGUAUUGACAAUGCUCUGUGUGAUGCGGGGACUGACAAAUGUCAGUGCAGUCCGAAUUUUGUGAUGAACGUUGCCACAUGUGAACCGAACACUGCUGCAUCUAUAAGAGUAGGGGCUACGACACUAGUAUUGUCUGUUUUUGCAGCAAUUUGGGCGAUAUUCAGAUAAACAUGACUGUGAGUACCUUUAAUUGUAAAACUUUAUAGUUAAAGUGAUAAUAUUUUC